AUGAAAUUUUCACAUUUGACAACAAAAGACUUCAUCGAUCUUCUCAAACAAUCAGAUCCUACAAUCAAAGCAAGCGAGUUAUACAAAUGCACUCGAAAUGCAAAUAUUUCUAUUCAAAAUUUCGAAGAAGUUGUUUCAAUUCUUAAAUCAAUCAAGAAAUACAUGAAACUUGGAAUACUUGAUAGUGUUAUUGACUUCUUAAUGCAAACACAAAACGAAAUACCUAAUUCUACAAAGAAAAUCCAGCAAUUUCAAAUAGAUUCUAAACUUCUAUCAAAAAUUUCAGAACUUAAGGAAUCAGGUGAUUUCGAAAGUAUCUACAAUUUCCUUGAUGAACUUUCAUCUCAAGGAAAUCAAACAAUGAUUUCAAAAUCAUGUGAAGAAGGACUUUGGAAAAAGACAUCAAGAAAUUUUGUAUUUGGUACUGAAAUGAAUGUCCUUCAUGAAGCAAGCGAAAAAGGGAAUUUAAAACUUGUUAAAUCUCUUAUUGAAUGUGGCUGUGAUAAAGAAACAAAUGGGAAAUGGGGAGAAACUCCACUCAUCAUUGCAUCAAAAAAUGGUGAUCUUGAAGUUGUUAAAUAUCUUAUUUCUGCUGGAGCUGAUAAAGAAGCAAAGGAUGAAAAUGGAUGGACUUCACUCAUUUAUGCAUCAGAAUAUGGUCAUCUUGAAGUUGUUAAAUAUCUUAUUUCUAUUGGAUGUGAUAAAGAAACAAAAGAUAAAAGGAUGUAUACUCCUCUCAUUUCUGCAUCAUAUAAUGGUCGUUUUGAAGUUGUUAAAUAUCUUAUCUCUAUUGGAGCUGAUAAAGAAGCAAAGGAUGAAUUUGGAAAUACUCCACUCAUUUAUGCAUCAAGAAAUGGUCAUCUUGAAGUUGUUAAAUAUCUUAUCUCUGUUGGAGCUGAUAAAGAAGCAAAGGAUGAAAAUGGAUGGACUUCACUCAUUUAUGCAUCAGAAUAUGGUCAUCUUGAAGUUGUUAAAUAUCUUAUUUCUGUUGGUGCUAAGAAAGAUGCAAAGGUUAAGUAG